GAAAGGCUUCAUCUAUGGGCAUUGAGAUUAAUGCAGAAAAAAAAAAAAAUCCAAGUGUUAAAAGGCCAGCUUCCAGGUUGGAUGUACAUGUUCCAGAGAUUUGGGUCUUUGUCUUCUUCUCUUUUCUCACUUUUGCUUCAAAUCCUUACCCAUCUGCAGACUUAGGCUUGAGAUUUUUGUGUAAAAGGAUAAAACCCCUAAAUCUAUAAUGGCGUGUACCAUGAAAACACUCCAGGAGACAUAGCAUAAUAAGUUAUAUGUGCAUCAAGUUUCAAAACAGAUCUGAUCCUUUCCUGAGGGCAUUUUCCCAUGGGCGAGAGACAGGAAAAAAGAGGUUUCAGCAUGGGGUGGAGAAACAUCGCAAAGGCAGUCCGAGGGUGUGCAGUGCAAACAUUGCUGCUUUUGUUGUCAGGAACACUGGGUAGAGUGCAGACUGCACCUGUCUCUUGCUACUUUUUGAGCUUCCUUUUAGCAGCCCCAUCUGAAAACGAGGUUCAUCAUAGUGACCUUCAGUAUAGUGCUUCCUUCAAAUUGGUGUUUAGAGUGUUAAAUGAGCUAGUAUGUGUAAAGCACUUGGAGCAAGGCCUGUCACAUAAUAAACACUGUCAAAUAUGAGCUGCUCUAUUUGCACUUUUAACCUAGGCCAUGAAAUUGUGCACAGAGUUUUAUGUCACCUUUGCCAGAUCAUCCUUUCCCUUGGGAACGCUUUCAAUGAAGACCCUCUACUGCUGGCUCAGGUUUGUUCUCCCCAUCCCUGGCCACCAUAUACCCUUGUUCUUAAUGACUCUUAGGAGGUGAGUUUGGUUUUGUUUUGCCCUCCAUGUGUGGCCUCUAGUUCUUUUUCCCAGUACUUGUUAGCCCUGAUUAAAUCAUUGAACAGCACCAGCUCCAGACUUACAUAAGAGCAUUGGGAGCCUUUCCCUCAGGGAUUUGCUCAGAACCCUCUGAGUCAGUUGCCCAGGGAAGCAAGCUGGUGAUGUCACAAGGUAUCACACUUCUAGUGCUCUCUCAGGUACCUUCUGCUGAGCUUGAGCAGGGCCCGGUUCUAUAAACUCUGCCUAGCCUAAGCACAUUCUCGUCCUCUCUAAGGCAAUGCAGAGACCGCCACUCUCUCCCGGCAACGUCUAAACUCAGCUCUUGGGCAUGCCUUAUGACUCCGGCUGUGACCCGCAGAAGGACGCCAGAGGAAAGCUACCCAAGUCAUUCACGACUCCCUGGUCAGAGCUAGCCAUGACGAGGACUUGUACCUGCAUAUACCACUUCCUUGUUUUGAGCUGGUAUAUUUUUCUCAAUUAUUACAUCUCACAAAAAGGAGGAAGAGACCAGCAGAAAUCCAAAAUCUUUCUCAAUGGCGGACAGUGGAAGCAUUUGACAUUCCUAAAUCUGUUCCAGAGGCUGAAAGUCCAAGAUCAAGACGUCUGCAGGCUCUUGCAGGCCAUUUUCUACGGGGUCGCCUGCAUGGAAGAUGUGCUAAAAAGAAUUAAGGGGGAAAAAGACAUUAAGUUCAUGACCGCCUUCAGAGACCUGCUUUUUACCACGCUAGCUUUCCCGAUUUCCACAUUUGUGUUUUUGUCAUUCUGGAUCCUCUUUCUCUAUGAUCGAGAGCUCGUUUACCCUAAGGCCCUAGAUGGUAUCUUUCCAGUAUGGUUGAAUCACGCAAUGCACACAUCCAUACUACCCUUCACACUGGCUGAAGUCAUCCUCAGGCCGCAUUGCUAUCCACAGAGGAAGAAAGGUCUCACCUUGUUGGCUCUUGCUAGCCUUGCAUACAUCAGCAGGGUCCUAUGGAUCUACUCUGAGACGGGUACGUGGGUGUAUCCUGUGUUUGCCAAACUCAGCCCGGUGGGUCUAACAGCCUUCUUCUCUCUCAGCUACAUCUUUAAUGCCAGCAUCUAUCUACUUGGAGAGAAGCUCAACCACUGGAAAUGGGGUGACACGAUGCAGCCAAGGAAAAAGAGGAAGUGAUUGCAGGCUGUUUUCCAAGAACAAAGGAGGAAGAAAACAUGAGAGUUUUUUUUUCUUUUCUUUUCUUUUUUUUUCUGGUUGGGGAGUUGGUGGAGUAAUAUAGGAGGUAGAAAGGACAGGGAAUGAUAUCUAAAUUGAUUGAGACGGUUUGUGAAGGUAGCUUAAUUUGGGGACUCUUCGUUUUUUUUGCAAGGUUUACUGGACAUGCCAAAAACAACUGCUGUCUCAGAAUCUGUUACCUUCGUCUGGCCUCUGUGGUCAAAAUCUGGCCAAAGGCCAAGGAAACUCACAUAACUCGGCUUUAGAGAAUGUUUAGAGAGAAAGGGAUUUGGGAUCACCAAAACUCUUCACCUUACAGAGGAGGGUGUUGAGGACCUAGCUGAGAAAUAAUAGCUUUUGUCCCCCAGAUCUUCUAACUCCCAGUCCUGUGCCAUUUUGAAUGACCCUAAGUUUCCUAAAAAUAAGUAUUUUUGUCAACUAGCUAUUUUCAUGGACUGCUCAUUGAUUUUGUUUUCCUCAGUCUAGAUAGAGAUGUAGGGAGAUGGGUGCUACCAAAGUCAUCUGUCCACCUGAUAAGAGAGCAAAUUAAUUGGGGCAAUGAGAAAGUAAGUUAUAAAAAAUAUGGGGAAAUUUGCCCCUCUUGUGAGCAAGCAUUCGGGGCAGGUCCAAAUAUGGGACUUCGCAACAUCGUCAUCAAAAUCUCUUCCAUUCGAAUAUUGCUUUAUUCAUCCAAUAAAUGUACAUCUUACUU